AUGAAUUCCCUUCUGCAGCCAAAACGUGGAGCCUUGGAGGCUGAGAAGAAUGAGUCUCCCAACCUGCGCCUGCAGUCUGUCACAGAAAGCUUUGCGGGAAUGAUUCAUGGCUUGAAGGUGGACCACCUGACAGACAGUGUCAUUCAGAGAAGCAAGAGGAUGAUCCUGGAUUCUCUGGGCGUCGGUUUCCUGGGAACAGGCACCGAAGUGUUCCAGAAAGUCUUGCAAUAUAGUAAAAUCUACAGUUCCAAUACCUCCAGUACCAUUUGGGGGCGACCAGACUUCCAGCUCCCACCCACAUACGCUGCUUUUGUUAACGGUGUCGCUGUUCACUCCAUGGAUUUCGACGACACAUGGCACCCUGCCACCCACCCUUCUGGAGCCGUCCUACCUGUCCUCACAGCCUUAUCAGAAGCCCUGCCUCAGACGCCAAUGGCUUCUGGCCUUGACCUGCUGCUGGCAUUCAAUGUUGGUAUUGAAGUACAAGGGCGACUGCUGCACUUCUCCAAGGAAGCCAAGGACAUACCAAAGAGGUUUCAUCCUCCCUCUGUGGUGGGGACUUUGGGAAGUGCUGCUGCCGCAUCCAAGUUUUUAGGGCUCAGCUUGACAAAGUGCCGAGAGGCCCUGGCUAUUGCUGUUUCUCAUGCUGGGGCACCCAUAGCAAAUGCUGCCACUCAGACCAAGCCCCUUCACAUUGGCAAUGCAGCCAAGCAUGGGAUGGAAGCCACAUUUCUGGCAAUGAUGGGUCUCCAAGGCAACAAAAGGAUCUUAGACCUGGGGUCAGGGUUUGGUGCCUUUUUUGCCAACUACUCCCCCAAAGACCUUCCAAGCCUGGAUUCUCAUAUCUGGCUGCUGGAUCAGCAGGAUGUAGCCUUCAAGAGCUUCCCGGCCCACCUGGCUACCCACUGGGUGGCAGAUGCAGCUGCGGCUGUGAGAAAACACCUUGUGACUUCAGAAGGGACCCUGCUUCCUGCUGACCACAUCGAGAGAAUUGUGCUCAGGAUCCCUGAUGUCCAGUACGUAAACAGGCCCUUCCCAGACUCAGAGCAUGAAGCCCGCCAUUCCUUCCAGUAUGUGGCCUGUGCCAUGCUGCUUGAUGGUAGCGUCACUGUGCCAUCCUUCCAGAGCCAGGGCAUCAACAGACCUCAGGUGAGAGAGCUGCUCGAGAAGGUGGUGCUGGAGCACCCCCCUGACAACCUGCCAAGCUUCAACACACUGUACUGUGAAAUAAGCAUCACUCUAAAGGAUGGAACCACCUUCACGGAGCGCUCUGACACCUUCUAUGGUCACUGGAGGAAACCGCUGAGCCAGGAGGACCUGCAGAAGAAGUUCCGCACCAACGCCUCAAAGAUUCUCUGCAGGGACACAGUGGAAAGCCUUUUGAAGGUGGUCGAAAGGCUAGAAGACCUAGAAGACUGCUCCAUGUUAACCACACUUCUGAAAGGACCCUAUGCCCAAGAGGAGGCCUCAAAACUCUCCGGCAUGGUCUCCUUCCAUCGCACAACCCUGCCCAUCUGA